UUGGGGUAUCUUCAGAGGACACCCUGGGCUUUUCAGUAGGGAUGCACCGAUCAGGAAAUUUGUGGCAGAUUCCGAUCACCAAUAUUUUAACACUGUGAUCGGCCAAUAACGAUCCGAUUACCGAUAUUUAUUUUUGACAGUGCCCUUUCCACACAUUUGCAAGUUAAAUGCUAAGGUUAUAUGUUAAUGCCCCACACAGUAAAAUUACAUUCAGUUUACAUUAAUAGUGAAAUGCUAACAUUUAUUUGAAUUUUAAACAGUUAUGAAUAGUUCUGUUGUCACUAUCAAAGAUCAUUGUGACAUACUGGCAACCAGUAAGCACAAUGAGGGCAUCACACACAACAGAUAUACAUUAAAAAAUAAGAGAGAAAUAUCCAUUACAAGUUCCAAAACUGCUCCAGUGCGAAAUCAUUAGUGUCCAUGAUUUAUUCACAGUCUUUGGUGUUUUGUUGUAACGCUAAUUAAGCAACUGCGUGAAGACGUGGUGCCGUUAUUGAAGGUUAAACUGUUAUUGCUGUUAUUAGUGGUAUUGUGGCAAACAUAUAUCUGAUUUAAAUUUGGGUUUUUACAAAAUAGCACUGGGGCAAGUGACUGAUUGAGUGCGGCCAUUUUUCAUUGAUAUCAAGAGCAUGCUUAUUGGAGGGAUAAUUGCUCAAACUGUCUAUGUCACUCCACACACUGUCUGACGCAACUCACGUUACAUCCUGCGUACUCAGAUAUUUAACCAGAACCAGUUUAUUUGUUAUUUGUUUAAUUCAUUUUCACGUCCAUUUGCGGUAUCUUUAUCCUAUCCGUGUUAAACUGAACAGCGAGUCUGUAUUAUUACUAUAAUGACUUUUGAAAUCGGGCACCCUAAUAUUCAUACACGUGUAAUUCAUACACAUUUUUAAAACAAACCAGCAUAUUAAUCUAAAUUCCAGCAUGUCUGAAAAGUGUAAAUUUGUGAAUGCUUGGAAUUGCCAGCAACACUAUCUUAUGCUUCGAGGGCUGAGCAAGUGCUCAUUCAUUAGAGUAGCAGUGUAUGUGUGAUUUCAUGUGUGCUGCAAUAAAAAAACAUUGGCCCUGAAUCUAGCCACGAUCAGGCUGCUCACAGAUUUAAGAUGAAGAUCAGCAGAUCAAGAUCAGUGGCCUAUUGAUUGGUGCAUACCUACUUUUCAGAGAUAUCUGUUUGUGGGUUUAGCCAUAAAAACAUCCUGUCCUUGGUCUAUAGAAAAUUACAUUACAAUUCAGCACAUCAAAUCGAAUAUGAAUGAAAUAUUUUUUCCCAAAACAAUUAUUAUCAUAUGCUUUUUAUGCACCAAACAAUACAUUGACUUAAAAAAGCAAAAUUGCAAAACCUUUUUUUGGGUCUCUUAGGAGGUUAUUGUAAGAUGACAUCAUAAUAGCUUGUAAUUUAAAACAAUGAGAUCUUUAUAAUGGCAGAGCAGGCUGCAUGAAAUACAAAUAAGUAUAAAUAUGAAUACAAAUACAUAUAAAUAUUAGUUCCCACUUUAAAUAUAUACCACCCCUGGAGUCGCGAGUUCGUAUCCAGGGUGUGCUGAGUGACUCCAGCCAGGUCUCCUAAUCAACCAAAUUGGCCCGGUUGCUAGGGAGGGUAGAGUCACAUGGGGUAACCUCCUCGUGGUUGCGAUUAGUGGUUCUCACUCUCGUGGAUCGCGGAGAGUAGCAUGAGCCUCCACAUGCGGAGUCUCCGCGGUGUUAUGCACAAUGAGCCACGUGAUAAGAUAUGCGGAUUGACUGUCUCAGAAGCGGAGGCAACUGAGACUUGUCCUCUGCCACCCGGAUUGAGGUGAGUAACUGCGCCACCACGAGGACCUACUAAGUAGUGGGAAUUGGACAUUCCAAAUUGGGAGAAAUUGGAUAAAAAUUAAAUAAAUAAAAAUCUAUUAUAUUUUUGUGGAGUUGAGGGCGUGGUGGAGUGCCCAUCUGGGGAGAGAGCGGUAAGGACAUCCACCUGAGAUGAACUGUGACUAAUUACCAUCUCUAUGUUCACAGUGAGAGUCGGGGGAGAUGAAAAGACGGCCAGUUCAGAGAGAGAGAGAGCGAGUGAGACAGACAGACCAGAGUUUUCGUGUCUGACCCCUGAGAGAGAGUCUUGUGUUGUGUGAAGCUGAAAAGCGGACUGUUUAUUUGAGUGACGCUGAAAAGCCGUCUUAUGUUUUGAGUGAAGCUGUACAGAGAUUAUUAGUUAUUUGUGAAUAAAACGGACUCACGUGAACUGUGGAAACCGGUUCCCGCUUCCUCCUUUAUCUGCCCAACCUGAACCUUUGUUACACUGGUACCAAAACCCAGGAUAAGGAGGAAGAUACGCUGCUAUGGAGUCGUCUUCGCCACUAGAGGAAUUGUUUAGAUCCCUCACCAGCAUCCACCAGGUGCAACACCAGGCCCACAUGGAUCUGCAGGCGGAGCAGCAACAGCGCUUUGAGGCACUCCUUCGAGGCCAAGAGGAGGACGCCACGACCCCAGCAGCAGCAAACACCCAUAUGCCGCUGGCGAAGAUGGGGGCGCAAGAUGAGCUGGAGGCUUUUCUGGAGCGCAUGGCCCAAGCUCUGGAAUGGCCACGGGCGCAAUGGGCAGUCCACCUCUUACCGCUGCUGACCGGGGAGGCCCAACUCGCGGCCCAACAACUCCCGGCCGACAACCUCCUGAGGUACCCUAAGCUGAAGAAAGCCAUCCUGCAGUGGGUCAGCCGCAGGCCCGAAGAGCAUCACUGGUGGUUCCGAACAUUGACACAGAGUAAAGUCGACCGCCCGUUUGCCUUCGUUCAACAGCUCUGCGAUGCCUACUGGCGGUGGGUGCUAGCCAAGGAGCCCAGCGAUGUCGGGCUGUCAUCGAUCUCAUGGCAUUGCAACAAUUCAUUGCCAAACUACCGAAAGGAACUGCGGAGUGGGUCCAGUGCCACAGACCACUGGAUGAAGCAGUGCAGUUGGCGAAGGACCAUUUAGCGUCGUACCCGGGGGCUGUGAGCCCCUCUCUCGUUCCCUGUUGUCCCUCCCCCUCCCCUCCUUCUUUCCAACCUAUACCAUUCCCCCAGAAACAGUGGAACAAUCAGUGCCCCGGCCUCAGGGGGUGUGCUAACACUCCUGUCUCUCUCUCCCCUGGCUCUACCCAUUCUUCCUCUCAGGUGGGGGAAGCUGCCGCCACUGGUGUGGGCAUGAGGUUUGGGCCAGUCUCUUGGAGUUGUAGUGAGCCGGGACAUGUCCGUGAACAGUGCCUGGUGAUGGAGGUGGGGAAGGUGAUACGGGUCCCCGACACUCCACAGGCUGCCCCCGAUCGAGCCAGGACGUACCAAAUGCCUACAGAUGCAUCGGACAGGGGGCUGGGUGCUGUUCUGUCCCAAGUGGUGGAGGGGGAGGAGUGCCCGGUGCUGUACAUUAGUCGAAAGCUCUCUAUGAGAAAGACGAAGUACAGUACCAUAGAGGAGUGUUUGGCCAUCAAGUGGGAGGUCCUCACUCUCUGCUACUAUUUGUUGGGACGAGCAUUCACCCUCUGUUCGGACCACGCCCCGCUCCAAUGGCUCCACCGCAUGAAGGAUACCAACGGUAUUUAAGUUUGAGGUGGUCCACAGACCGGGGGGACAGAUGGAUGUCACGGACUUUCUGCAGAAAGGGGCGGAGUGGGCAGUCCAGACUGUUAUGUGGAAGUGAGGGCGUGGUUGAGCUCAAGACUAAUUACCAUCUCUAUGUUCACAGUGAGAGUCGGGGGAGAUAAAAAGACGGCCAGUUCACAGAGAGAGAAAGAGACAGACAGACCAGAGUCUUCUUGUCUGACCCCUGAGAGAGUCUUGUAUUGAGUGAUGCUGAAAAGCCGUUUUAUGUUUUAAGUGAAGCUGAACAGCGAUUGCUGGUUAUUUGUGAAUAAAACGGACUCACGUGAACUGUGGAAACUGGUUCCCGCUUCUUCCUUUAUCUGCCCAACCUGAACCUUUGUUACAAUUAUAUUACUAUUUUCAAAGCUCUGUUGUUUUUUGUUUUGUUUUUUAUUGUGGUGGGCAUGAAUGUAAUGUAAUGAUGAUUGAGAGAUACCUCAAAAGCCAAUUGUAUCAUAUUUAUUACACUUAAUUCAACAUGAUUUUUCUAUAAAAUAAUGUAUGAAAUUUAAACCAAGAACUAGUUGCUUCUAUUCAGCAAAUAAUCAUUUUAAAAUAUCAGUUACAACAUAAACAUUACUUUUACUUUAUCAAAAUUAGCAAAGAUUUCACAGCAAAAAGACAUGUGCAUCCAGGGUUGGGGAGUGACGGAAUACAUGUAACGGGAUUACGUAUUUAAAAUACAAAAUAUAAGUAACUGUAUUCCACUAGUUACAAUUUUAAUAAUUGGUAAUUAGAAUACAGUUACAUUCAAAAAGUAUUUUGAUUGCUGAAGAGAUUACUUUGCAUUUUAUUGUCAUUUGUUUCAUUUAAUAUUUAGUCCUUUCAGAUGGAAAACAUUUAUACAUAUAAAUUAUGUGAUCCAAAGUGCAUUUGAGCAGCGGUGAAACACUUUCUUAUGAUGUGUUACAUUCAUACGAGCAGAGAGAGAAGUAAGUUUGGAGCAGAAGAAAUAGAAAUAAACCUUGUGUAAAUUGUCAGCUUUACGCUAAGUUAAAAUGCUAUUUCUAGCCAUUUUACAUGCACAUGUUACAAGGCAUGAUCAUAUUUUUUUAUCAAGAAAAUUCACAUUAGAUCAUAAUUUCUAUUUUUUCUAGUAAGACCUUUGAUAUUAGGGCAAAAAUCAUAUUCUUGAUAAUUUUUGUAUUGUUUUCCUGUAAAAAUAUCUAAAAAUCCUUAAAACAAGAUCAGUUUGAUUUAUCUUGUUUUAGAAACAACACUGCAUAAGAUAUUUAGGUUUUUCAGAGAAUGUAUUUUAUAACGUGUAUUUUGUCUUACUGUUCUGGCAGAGUUUUUAUAGUCAAAACAAGUGAAAAAAUCUACGAGUGCUGAAGAAGUAAUCCAAAGUAUUUAGAAUACGUUACUGACCUUGUGUAAUCUAAUGGAAUACGUUACAAAUUACAUUUUACAGCAUGUAUUCUGUAAUCUGUAGUGGAAUACAUUUCAAAAGUAACCCUCCCAACCCUUUUUGCAUCACAUUGCAAAGGCUGCCAUUUUGGAAAUUAUAUUACAAGGUCUGCUACUACCAGAAGUGAUAAGUUGUUGUUGUCUGUUUUAAGUUACAAGUAGUUGUUAAAACAUUUAAAAACACAUCAUAAGACCCGUGAGUUCUGUUCCAUUCUGCUGAGCUUCAUCUAGCUGUUUAACACAACAUACACAUCCUGUGUGAACUGCCCCUUUUGCUCCACAAGAGAUGUGUCUCACUUUCUUGGUUUUAAAAAAAUGUUUUAUCUAUUUCGCGUACACACAGUGUCCUGUUGAAAUCUCCUGUUGACAUUUAAUCAGGGUCUGUUUGGUAUAUCAGUGAUUAUGGACUCAUUCAUAUGUAUAUGUGUAUAACAGCUAGUUGUGGAUGCUUGUAUUUGUGAUGCCUCAGUCUUACAGACAAAAACGACUAGGUGUAGAGAAACUGACUUGCUGAGCUGUGCUAUGCUGCUUCCUGUAUUUGGAGGCGUGUGGGUGUGCAAGUUUGUUGUAGUUUGGACGUGGACUUGGCAGUCUUCUGCUGUGUGUCUGUGGCUUCUCGACUGCAGUGGCGGAGCGAAAGAGAGCUAGAAAGGAAAAGAGAGAAAUGGCAGAUGAUCAGCUCUGUGGG